GAGAGUUGGACGAGGGGAGGGAUUGAGUGAGCCUGACGCUGUUUUUGUAUUGUUGGAGUUUAAACUUUGCCACAUAGUGGGGGGGAAAAAGAGGUUUUGACUGGACAGAGGGACUGAAGACCGGAGAAGAAAAUAACCACGACUCAACUUCGCAGCAACAAAAAGCUUUGGGAUUCGAAACACUGGGCAAAACCGAAUCGAGAUCGGAGAACGCUCUCACGAGAGGUCGUUAAGCGAAUCACUGCAGUUGUUAAAAGAAUCUGGCUUCCCCAUGGACUUUGCUCGUCGGAAGCUCGCAAAAGGGAUCACAUGACCAUGGGACAUUGCGACAGUCAUAGAUAGGAGCCAGUGGCCAGGCGUCUGAAUUUUGAUCACGUGACCACAGGGGAGGCUGCGAUGGUCUUAUGGCCUGCCCCAGUCUUGACGGCGUGGAGUUAUUGGAUCUCCUCUUUGACGGGCAGGACGGAGUCCUUCGCAAUGUGGAGCUGGGAUCCUCAGAGGCCGCUUGGAUGGCACAAGAAGGCAGAGUUUUGCUGAACCCUCAAGACAAUGACGACUUCAUCAACUCCAUCUUGGGAGCGGCAAACACGGUCCUAGAUUCUCCAAGCUGGUCUCCAGCUGCCAGUGACAGUGGCAUAUCUGAGGAUCCAAAUUCUGAUCAGCUGGACAGCCCUCCACAUUAUCUUCCCACUGGGAGCCCGGAGGCCUACUCUGACGGAAGCUCAGCCGGUGACCUGGCCUACGCCUCCUGCCAGGACACCCGUCAGGCCUUACCUACCAUAAAAGAACCAGCUGCCGAGAUGAGAGAGAUGGAUGUCUCCAUAGACUUCAGUAUGUGGGCUGCUGGUUUUUAUGCAGAGGAGAGGCAAAUAACAGAUGCCACCCAUCAAAACCCAGCCUCCUGCAUGCUCACAAUUAAGGACCUCCUUCUUUCCAACAACUCUGAAAUGCACCAGCAGGCUGUCAACUCUGCAGCGAUGAGGCAGACCCCAGGGAAUUGCCAGGAGCUGGUGCUGACCGAGGAUGAGAAGAAACUGCUGACUAAGGAAGGGGUGACUCUUCCAACCCAGCUCCCGCUCACCAAGUAUGAGGAACGCAUUCUCAAGAAGAUCCGUAGAAAGAUCCGGAACAAACAAUCGGCUCAGGAAAGUCGCAAGAAACGGAAGGAAUACAUUGAUGGUUUAGAAAGCCGGAUGUCGGCUUGCACAACUCACAACCAGGAGCUCCAACGCAAAGUGGUUCACCUGGAGAAGCAGAACUUGUCUCUCCUGCAGCAGCUGAAGAAACUCCAGACCAUCGUGAUGCAGUCCAGCGGCAAGGCUGCCCAAACGAGCACCUGCGUGGCGGUCUUGCUGCUUUCCUUUGCUCUGAUCAUCUUCCCCUCCAUUGGCCCUUUCACCCGCAACAAGGCCGAGACCGGGGGUGACUUUGUACCGGUGCGAGUUUUUUCUAGGUCCCUCAACAACGAUGCAUCCUCUAGAAUUCUCCACUCCCGGGGCAAGGAGGCCGAGCAGAGUGCGCAGGAAAGCAUCUGGAAGGAGCCAGCUCGCAGCGAAGACCACGCGGCCAGCACCUUGAUCCGAGAUCUCUUGAGGCUUCAGAAGGAGGGCAACCACACAGAAGUCUUCCCAGAAGGCAGACCUGCAUCUUUGGACGGACUCAGGCCCGGUGUUCCCUACCCAGGCCCAAAUCUGACCACAGUGGCCUGGACUGAAUCGGAGCAGCCUGGAAAGGGGGUCUUGGAACAGACGGAGGAGCUGUGACUUUCCACCGGGCUGCUUCCACUCCUUCACUAAACUAGGACGGGGAGGGGUAGGACGGGGAUGGGGAGACUGUGUGUGUGUGCGCGUGCAGCAGUGUUGUGUCUCUCCUAUUCAGGGGGAAGGGGGGGGAAUGUGAAAGAGAGUCGCAGUGUGUGUGAGAGAGAACAAGGGGAGGGGGUCUGAAUCCUCCUGGGCUAUUUGGGGACCCCCUGAAAAAAGACAGGCUGAGCCCCGGUUCUCCUCUUCCAUUUUUAAAACGGGGGGGGGGGGGGGCGGAAUUCUCCAGGAUGGGACCCCCAGCAGGUCUGUAGCCGUGGAUCCUUAAAUUGCACUUCACUGCAAAGCGUGUCACAUCCCCACAUCCCUUGUGGAACUGGGGGCUUCAGGCGUUCAUUAUAGGGAAGAUGGGAGUUUGACAUCUGAUUAUUUUUUUUUAUUUUAUUUUUUUGCCGAGCCUUUCGGCUCCUGAGAUUUCUGUUCAUCUGGUGUGCGGUGAUGAUGAAUGAAAAAACGUUCUUUUUUUUUCUUUUGGGGGAGGGGAACAGAGAGUCAAAGCUGAAAUGUACAGUUACCCCUUACAGCUUUGCGCCCUCCGUUAUGUCCACCUUUGAGCCCCCAAAUUGAUAUUUUGAGUUGGGUUUUGCCCCCAUUUUACGGCUUUUCUUGCCAAUGGUUGCAGUCAUUGAGUGAGGAACCCGGUCGUUAAGCAAAUCUGGCUCCCCCCAUAGACUUUGCUCCUCCGAAGGCCGCCAAAAAGGGGAUCAUAGGUGACCCGGGGACAUCGCAACCAUCAUCAAGACGAACCAGUUGAAAUUUCGAUCGCGUGACUGCCGGGUGGUUAAGUGUGGAAAAAACAGGUUCGUAAGUCGCUUUUGGGGGACUUUGAACGGUCACUAAACGAACUGUGCCAAGUGGAGGACCGCCCGUGUAAUCUUUCCGUGGAAAGGUUAAGAGUCCAGGAAAGGAGCAGUGGUUCUUUUAAUUCAGCCUCUGCUAUCUUUCCUUUAAACACACACAAAAAAACCCCCUUAAAACAGGAAUAUAAAGAUGUAAUCUGCCUCUAUAAAAAAACUGAUAACAAAUGCAGAAAGGAGGGAGGAGGGGGGCGUUUCUCCUCCUCUUCAGAUGGCUGAUGCUGUGAAUUUGCACGUCUGAUUAUGUAACGGGAACGGCUGGUCUUCCGGCAAGCUCCAAACAGCUUUCGGGAGGCAUCUGUUGGGAUUAUUUUCUCUGCCGUUUCGGGAACCGCCGCGUUCGGCCCCCGCAGUUUGGCUGCUCUCUCUUCUGAGGGCUCAAGCAAGCGUGGGGCGGUGGGUUCGACAGGUGACUGCUUCUGCUCGGAUGAAAUCCAAGCAUCGAAGCCAGCUCAGAAGCUUCGCUGUCUCAGAUUAUGUCCUCCUAGUUCCAAUGUCCCGGUUUAUUUUCCCUUCUGGGAAAGCAGCCGUGGAUUUAUUGGUGUAGUAAUGGAAUGCGCGGAGGGCCUUGGGGAAGGAGAAAGAAAAAUGCCGCCAGAUAAGAGAGGGCUUAGCCUGCAGCUGCAUAAAGGGUGAACAAGCUCAGAAGAGACCCUGUAAAAGGGAGGGGGGAGAGAAAGGCUGCGUAGGGAACAGAUAAAAGACGGCUUAGCCUGCAGCUGCUUAAGGAGUGGAGAACAAGCUCAGAAGAGACCCUGUAAAAGGGGGGGGGGGAGAGAAAGGCUGCGUAGGGAACAGAUAAGAGAGGGCUUAGCCUGCAGCUGCCUAAAGGGUGGAGAGCAAGCUCAGAAGCGACCCUGUAAAAGGGAGGGGGGAGAGAAAGGCUGCUUAGGGAGCAAAUAAGAGAGGGCUUAGCCUGCAGCUGCUUAAGGGGUGGAGAACAAGCUCAGAAGAGACCCUGUAAAAGGGAGGGGGGAGAGAAAGGCUGCGUAGGGAACAGAUAAGAGAGGGCUUAGCCUGCAGCUGCAUAAGGGGUGGAGAACAAGCUCAGAAGAGACCCUGUAAAAGGGAGGGGGGAGAGAAAGGCUGCGUAGGGAACAGAUAAGAGAGGGCUUAGCCUGCAGCUGCAUAAGGGGUGGAGAACUAGCUCAGAAGAGACCCUGUAAAAGGGCAGGGAGGAGAGAGGCUGCAUAGGAAACAGAUAAGAGAGGGCUUAGCCUGCAGCUGCAUAAAGGGUGGAGAAAAAGGAUCCUCCCUAGUUCCUUGGGAUAUAAAGCAAAGAGUUGCUGCUUAGGGAAGAGGCAACUAAGAGGCAACCUAGCCCUCUGCUGCAUAACGGGCAGAGAAAAGGACUCAGGAGGGACCCCUCCCUAGUUUCUCAGGCUCUGAAAGAGACGGCGGGAGAUUCGUAGUUGCACAGUUCUAUUAAUGUAGCUUUACAUAGAAUAGAGUUAGUCUGUCCGGUCAUGUUUCCCAUCUGGUCUGCCUGGUAAGACUGACAGCCCUGGACGAGUAUGAUCUAACAAAGAGGGAAGGGAAAGAUUCCUAGUGGCAGGAACGUGGGGACCCAGAGCCUUGAUCCGGAAGACGUAGGGGCCGGGAAGUCCGCAGGAUAUGGUAAGAAAAAAGGAAAGAGGGCUGGUGAACGGGUGGAGCUUUGUAUACCAUCAUCCUCGCCCUUUUGAUUUAUUUUUGAGCCCACCCUGUGGUCAGCCCCGGGUACAUGUUGAGCACUUCUGAGCUGAUUUUGAAGGAUUGGGGGACGGUUUGGGAUGAGCAUUUGCGACGUGUAUCCCUUUGCGGCCCCAAAAUGCCAGAAGCCGGAAGACAAAAGACUCGAGCUGAUGUCUCGCCCGUCAUGUGUACAAUAAAUGAUUUGGGUUAAAAUGAA